AUGGCCGCCACUCGUGUCGAAUUGCCCGACGGACAUCUUGUCAACCUCUCCCCUCGACCAGUACGGGGAAGUCAAUAUCAAGCAUACCGUGCCGACUACACAACCUCUCCUACAGAGCUCUCGGGCAUCACGCCGCCCCGAUAUACGCCAAUUGCGAGGUCGACCGAACGAAGCACAGGAAGCUCAUCCGGCGAAACAUAUCAAAAGUCGAAAAACACCAAGCUUCCCGUCCCCACAUCGUCCGCCAACAGCCCAAGCCAUGAGCCAAGACAAACACCAAGUCCAACUGGUCUCCCCAAGCCAACGACCCCUAGCCACUCAGUGCAGCGGGCUCAAGCUGGAUCAGGCGGCAAUCGCGACCAAUAUAUGAAGAAGCUGCGAGACCGAUUCGAGAAGGAUUCUCCUCUCUCCGACAGGAGCAAGGGCAGUGAUACCGAACAAUCCCCAAAUGCACGCAAGUCCUAUCAGCGAGUCAGACCGCAGACCGGAAAUCGCUCGAACCAACCAAAGCCAAGGGGAACAACCGCGCGGUCGGCAAUCCCCAGUCCCACCACAGCCAAGAGCAGUCCUGCAAGCGCCGCACGUAAUGCUUCCGGUUCAGAACCGGUUGAUAGCAAGAACAAAUGGCGCAAACAAGGCGACCAGUGGAUUAACAUGGAUGUCCCCGAUACGACGCCCUCGAAAUCGGAACACACAGAAACGACAGCGACAUCCAGCCCUCAAUCUCAGUCCUCGGUGUCUCCAGUAUCUGCCGAGGAUAGCUCCAUCACAGACUGUGACUGGGAAGACAGAUUUGUUGUCAACAUGCCCUCUGCCAAGGACCCGAAUCCGCCUACGAUGACAGCUCAGCAGAUAUCCGAGUACCAGAAGAGUAUUGAAAGGGUACAUCAAACUGGUGGGAAGAUGGCUCAUCCAGACUCGCUGCCUAGCCGCAACGCCUCCCCUGAAAGCAAAUCAAGUCUCAGAGGAUAUGCUGAGCAGACCCCGCCGAAGUUCAGAGCAUACGACGGUGCAUACGAGGAGAGGCAACUGCCAAAACCCUUGCCGAAUGAACCUCGUCCAAUUCCCAUUCAGCAGCAACCUCACCAGCAGAUUAAGCAACAAGAUCAGUCUCAGUCACCGAAUUCACCACGCUCCCAACCGCAGCCGCAGCCUUCCACGCAGCCACAGGCCCAGUCAACAGUAGUGUCCCAGCGCUCGGCAGCCACUCACUACUAUAGUCCCGAUGAGAUAGGGCAUAGCCGCAUUAGCACUAUAUGGGAGGAGUUUCCAACCAAAACAAAGGAAAAACGACACCCCCAGAAUGCCGAUGGGUCUUUUUUAGGGUGCAGGGAAAUUUCCGGGGAGAAGAACCCGGACGAAAUCCUCAUGUUCACUCCCCCCGACGAUGCCAGUUUGCAUCCCCGUCCACUGGCUUUGGUUUCGAAGAACAUGCACAGAGGAUUGAAGAACGUCAAGAAGGGCACUGCCCGCAAGACCGCGCAAAUCGUGCCAGAGCCAACAAUCAUACAAGACACACCCCCACAGCCCUCGCCGGCUUCUCCGAGUUCGAUACCCACCCAAUGCUCCAAGUCGUCGACGAUGUGCCGCGAGCAACAAUGCCCUGCGGACCCCACGCCAAUCCCGAGGAAAGGAUCCCACGAUUCAGGGAAGGAGAAUUCCCAUCCCCCCAGCAGUCCCCUCGGACGGUCCGAGAGCAUAGAUUCGCAAGGCGAAGACGAUGUGUUCAUUAUCACACCCACUAUCACACGCACUAUGAUUCCCACCCCCGACCAGAAACUAUCUGUGCCAAAGCCUCAGGGGCUGCGGCGCGCUGGUGGCGCAAGUCAACCCGUCACCGCCGAGGCCACCAGAGCCAUUCGAGCAAAGGCCCAAAUGAUCUCCACGCCGUCAGGCCUGCGGCCCGGGGGAUUGAACUCGAAGGUCAAGCCGACAGGGUCUACCCUGGCAGCCUCUCAGACCUUUCCAUCCAGCGUGCUUUCAAGCACGGGAAACGAGCAAGGCCCCGUGGACCGAGGCCAGACAGAUCGGCCACAAGAGUCAAGCUCAGACAAAACCUCCGCCACAGCGUCCAGUACUAUCCGUGGCUUCAUCCGUACCUCCGGGUUGGCCAGGUCGUCCGGGUUGGUUAGAUCGCCGACGGAUAGCCUUGCUGCGAUUUUGCGCAAUGGAACGGAGUCUCUUCGCAACCGAGCAGAAUCACUGCGCAAUGGAUCGGGAUCUAGUCAACGAUCGAACCGGAAGAUAACGCCUAGCUCUCAAUCGACUAUUCCAACAAGGGACAACUCGGAGUCGUCUCGAUCGGAGAAGUCAUUCCAUUCAUUGCAUUCAUUCGAAACUGCAAAGGAGGCGCCGGUUGUCUCCGAAGAGGCUCCUCCAUCGCCCCCGAGAUCAGUGCCAGUCGAGGAAAAACCCAAAGAGCAGAGUUCCCCGCCGCGGAAGUCGGCUGCACCAAGCAAGCCGGUGAUAAAGAAGGUCACCCUCUCAGAGGAUCCACCGUCCAAAGCCAAGUUAGACAAGCCUCCUACGUCGACUCGGAGGAUAUCCGCAUUGGCGAAGCCAUCCAAGCUUGAUAAAACGCCCAAUGCUCCCAAGUCCUUGGCGUCUGAGAAAACCUCACUGAAAUCAACGAAGGUUGAGACUGCACCCAAGAAGGAGAGUCCACCCAAGAAGGAGAGUCCACCCAAGAAGGAUAGUCCGCCCAAGAAAGAGGAGAAACAACGCACCAAAAGCCUCCCUCGCCUAAGCACAUCAAGCAGAGUCACCGACGUCGCAGAACUUGAUGGCUUCCAGCUCGCAAGUCCCAAGGAGUCCCUCGCGCCCAAUAUCAAGAACGUCCCUGCCGAUCUAGAUGACAUGCACAACCAAGACAGCGAUGCAUCUGACAUCAACGGCCUCAACCCCCUCGCUCUCUCCCUCGUCUUCAACAUCCUGGUCGUCGCCGUAACCCAAGUCAACCGACUAGUCCGAAAGGGCACCGACAGCUCCUACACCAAAUUCGUCAUCAACAACACCCUCAGCAUGACCAGCCAUUGCUUCAAUGUCUUCAGCUGCAUCUACACCGCCAUCCGCGACUACCAGGCCACAGGAAAUUGGCCCAAACCCCAAACCGACAAGGCCGUCAGUCGGUUCAUGAUCGAUCUCCUGCAAGCAGUCCUCUACCUCUUUAUUCUUGGUUUCGCGGCAACGCUGAUCGGCCGAAUUGCGGGCUACAUUGUUAUGGUUAGUAGUUGGAUAGUUUGGCUUGCCAAACCUUUUGCUUUGGUAUUUCAACUUGUUGGCCGUGCUUUGUUAACGAAUUAG